AUGAAGGGAAGCCACGUGACUGGAGGCCUGGCUGCCACAGCCUUCAAGAAAAUCACCCUCUUUGGCACCACUGGCAUGAUGGGUCUGGCCACCCUGGUGCAAGUCCUGGAAGCAAAGAUCAAUGAAAAUCCUGAGAUCCUACCCAACAUCACUCUGGGCUUCCACAUUUUUAACAGCAAUUUUAGUCCCAGAUGGACUUACUUUGCCUCAAUGUUGCUACCUUUCACUCAGGGAAAAUUCAUCCCUAACUACAAGUGUGGCCUCCCUCAAAAUUUGGCUGCAGUUAUUGGGGCACCUGACAUUGCUUUUCACAUGGCAACUGUAUUGUGCAUCUACAAAGUUCCUCAGGUUCAUUCUUUUCUGAGAAGUGUCAGAUUCAACAACAGUGUUGGUGAAAAGAUCUCCUUUGAUAAAAAUGGUGAACUCAUUGGUGGAUAUGAUAUCAUCAACUGGAUCACAUUCCCAAACAAAUCCUUUGUUAGAGUCAAAGUUGGAGUGAUAGAUCCCACAGCUCCACCAGAGAAGUUCUUCAAUAUUUCUGUAGAUUCCAUCACGUGGCCAGUAGGCUUUAAUCAGGCAUUACCUUUAUCUUUGUGUAAUGAUCCUUGUGAGACAGGACACUGCAAGGCCAAGAAAGAAGGAAAGUUAUUUUGCUGCUAUGAUUGCUAUCUGUGCCCAGAAGGGAAAAUAUCAAAGGAGAAAGAUAUGGAUGACUGCUCCCCAUGUCCUGUAGAUCAAUAUCCAAAUCCUGACAAAAAUAUGUGUAUUCCAAAGCGGAUCACCUUUUUGUCCUAUGAAGAAACUUUGGGGAUCAGUCUGACUGUUCUUUCCCUUUGUUUUUCUUUAAUGACUACUUUCAUCAUCACAGUAUUCAUGAAACACAAAGACACUCCCAUCGUCAAAGCCAACAACCAAAAUCUCACUUAUAUACUCCUAGUUUCCCUCCUCCUCUCUUUCCUUUGUGUCUUUCUAUUUGUUGGCAGACCAGAUAAGAUUUUGUGUCUCCUUCGACAACCAACUUUUGGUCUCAUCUUUUCUGUAGCAAUUUCUUGUGUAUUGGCCAAAACCUUUGUUGUAGUUCUAGCAUUCAUGGCCACCAAACCUGGUUCCAAAUUGAGGAAAUGGGUGGGUGGAAGAAUGGUCAACUACAUUAUUAUUUUCUGCUCCUUUGUUCAAAUAUGUGUUUGUGCUGUGUGGCUGAUAAUAUCCCCACCAUAUCCAGAUUUUGAUAUGCAGUCAAUGUCUGAAGAAGUCAUCCUGGAGUGUAAUGAAGACUCAGUCAUGUUCUGCUGUGUUUUGGGCUUUAUGGGUUUUCUUGCUCUGGUUAGCUUCUCUGCUGCUUUUCUAGCUAGGAAGUUACCUGACAGUUUCAAUGAAGCCAAAUUCAUCACCUUCAGCAUGUUGGUCUUCUGCAGUGUUUGGCUGUGCUUUAUUCCAACCUAUCUAAGCACUAGGGGAAAAUAUAUGUUGGCUGUGGAGAUCUUCUCCAUGAUCUCCUCCAGUGCUGGAUUAUUGGUGUGCAUCUUUCUUCCCAAGUGUUUUAUCAUUGUGAUGAGACCUGAACUGAACAAUAAACAUCAGCUCAUGAAAAGAAAGUUUUAAUUAAAAAAAUGUAUAUGUAUUUCUAGGAGAAUUUUCCAAUUUUGAAGUCUGUGAUCAGUUUACAAUUUUAUUUAGCUGAAAUGGACUUGCUUCCAUACUUCAAAAUGGGAGGCAAAAUUCAAAAAUCUGAAUGAUGCAACUAUUACUACCACUCUUUUUAGAUCUAUGCUUUAUUGUAUUUAUUUUUAAUAAAUCUACGGUUUAUUUUCUUUAAUUAUCAUUUGGAAUGUGAGCCACCUAAAAAAUUCAUGGCCUCUAUGUCUUAAAUUAUUGAAUGGCCAAUUUAUACGAGAAGUGCCAGGGUAGGCCUGUUUUUUUUUUUUUUUUUUUAGGAGGAUGAGAUGUAAUCUGCCAUUGAAGGAAGAUGCAAAGUGAGUCUCAAUGGACAUGGGUUAAAAACCACCUUAAGGAAUACCAAUGUCUUGAUAUGGGUGGCAAAAGUUUAAUAUUUUUUCACUUUUAUUGCCAUUCCAUCCAGCAGUUCUGGUUAGGACAGAACUAGUCUGUAGUGGCUAAGGAGUUAGAAGAGCCUAGAGCAUGAUUUGGGGAUGUGAUCUGAGAUGAGCUUUUCUAUUAAGAUAUUCUUUGAAAGGACUUGAUCCUCCUGCAAAUGCUGAACCAAAACCUUGAUCGGUGGACUACUGUUUUGGUCUCUUUGUUUACUAAUAUUAAAAACUCAUUGCAAAUCUCAAAGGAAUUUGAUCAAUUCUAUUCUAAGUGCCAAAAAAGUCUACAAAACCAAUCCAGCUUCAAUCCAGCUAACAACUAUCCUAUCAGCUGAUUAUGUGUAUAGGUAGUCCUUGACUUACAAUAGUUCAUUUAGUGACGGUUCGAAAUAACAAUGGCACUGAAAAAAAGUCAUAUAAUUGUUUUUCACACUUAUGACCCAUGGUCACAUGAUCAAAAUUCAGAUGCUUGGCAACUGGCUCAUAUUUAUCACAGUUGCUGUGUCCUGGGGUCAUGUGAUCAGCUUUUGCAAACCUAUGGCAAGCAAAGUCAACAGGGAAGCCAGAUUCACUUAACAACUGUGCUCCUAACUCAACAAUUGCAAUGAUUCAGUUAACAAAUGCCACAAGAAAGACCAUUAAACAGGGCAAAAUUCACUUAACAAAUGUUUCACAUAGCAACAUAAAUUUUGGGUUCAAUUGUGGUCCUUAGUCAACGGCUACUGUAAUUAUGGUAAAUGUCUUUUUUAUUGGUUUGCUGAUUGGAAAGGAUCUUAAUGAUGGAACAAACCUGGUAAAGGCCAGGUCUUUCUACUGUGAGUCACUACAUCACUGCACCACCUGCCUGCAAAUUUACUAACCCUCCUGGAGGAGGCCUC